AAUUCUAAUCCAGUCUCCAACGUGUGCUUCUUAAAAAAAUAAUAACAACCAGAAUCAUAUAUUACAACGUUUUAUAGAGUAUUUAAGAAUGUGGAUUAUAAACUGAACAUUACAGAAAAAGCCAUAAUGACUGAAGAUAAAUAUAUACCUCGCAAUGAGAAUUUUGAAGAGAUCAAACUUAAAUCAAACAUAGAUAAGAAGCUUCCAGAUAAAGAAGACAAUUCUGUAGUUAUCAAUCAGCCAACGAGACCCAAGAAAUUAUCAAGGGUUACUCUGAACAUGCCAUUUGAUGAUGCUCAUUGUGAAAGAGAAUGGUCAACAGGAUUAUACGAUUGCGGUAAAGAUGAUAGACGAAAUUGUUGUUUUCAGUGUUGUUGUUGGCCAUAUCUAAGAUAUACCUUGGCCACUAGACUGGGUGAAACACCGUUUAUGGCCUUAUUACCAUGUACAGCUUUUGGUUUAAGAGUUAAAGUGAGAACCCUUUUCAGUUUGAAGGGAAAUUUAAUAAAAGAUUUUUUUGCUACAUUAUGCUGUGAACCUUGCUCAAUUUGUCAGAUGAGUCGUGAACUGGAUGAUAUAGGAAUGUAACUAUUAAUUCGAUUACCUGUGCUAAAGCCUAUACUGCUUCCUGGUUGGUUAGUCUACCACCAUCUGGUCAUAGUUGGUUGGUAGAUGAAAAGUUAUAACUCGCUACCAGUUAACUGUUAACCCAAACUAGUGCUUCUUGCUUGUCCGUUUCACAAUAAUAAUAGUACUAAAAUAGUACUGGAAACGGAUCACGGAAAAGUGGUAAAGAAGUAUUCAAGAAUGGGCCAGGAUUAUAUGGAGCUUUAUACAGAUUUUUUCAAAUUGCUUACGAUAUUUCUCCAUGCUCAUUCAGCAGACUUGGAGAAAAAAACAACCCAUUAAAUUCAUCAUUAUUGUCACACUGUAACCUAUUAUUUUUGUGUAGUAAUAAAUGUCGUGUAUCUGUU